AUGUCCUCGUCGCCCUCCAUCGUCGCUCUCGUGGCGCUGCUGCUGCCGCCAUUGCUCCUCAGCGCAGCUCUGCGCCUCCACUGGUCCAGCUUUCUGUGGGUGACUCCUCUCCUCCUAUUCAUCUGGUCCCUUCUCCUCGUCGUCGCAUAUCUCUUUGCUUGCCACGUCGCCAACGUCAAGUCUGCCAGCUCUUCUCAUCCUGCCAACGACCAACUCCGCUCGUUGCCACGACUGGCCUUUCUCACACAAGCUGCUUGGUCGGCGCAGCGCACUCGCUUGAAAUGGGCUCGCGAUCCCCACUCCGCCGCUUCCGGCCUUCACACGAGCCACGACACCUCUUCGCUCUCCUACGCACUCGACGACGUCAUCCAACUCAUCCUUCGCGACUUUGUCUGCAAGUGGCAUACGCCUCUCGCCUCCGGCUCCGAACACCCUUCUAUCAACGAUUCUGCACCCGAGUUCCCUGAGGCUGUCAAAGAUACCCUCCAAGACGCACUGCACAGCCUCGCAUCCCUCGCUUCCCGCAUCGACCAUGCCGAUCUCGUCGUUCGCAAACUCAUGCCCCGCAUCACCGCCCACAUCCACUCCUACCGUAAAGCAGAGAUCGACUUCCGCGGCGCUUCCGGACAAACCCAUCUGGCAAACUUUGGGAGCGACCAGUCCGACCUGUUCCUCGCCCGCAAAUUCGAAGAUGGUCACCUACACCCGGCCGUCGGCGACAUGAGCAGUCCGCAUACAAAGCCAUCAGAGCAAGCCUACCUCAGAGCCAUCUCGGCUCGCAUGAUCCGCGCCGUCAUGCCGUAUCCAGAAAGCGAGAGUCCCUCGGUGCACAUCCUCGUCCGUGAGGUGGUCAGCUGCACCGUCCUUUUCGCUGUCAUCGAGUCCAUUUGCGAUCCCGACUUUUGGAACAACCUGCUUGAGCAGAAGGCAGGCGCCGUCAUUCACGAGAAGAUCCUGGUCGGAAAGCUGCGUGAAGCCCUGGAUAAGCAGGAUGCCACCUCGGCCUCGCAACCCGGUCGAUCGCGUUCCGUGCCCUUUGUCGAUAUCGAUGCCAAAACCCUGCUGCCCUGGACCCAAGAUGCCAAGAAGCCCGACCAAAAGUCCUUCGACGCCUUCCUCAAGUCCAUCAAAAGCGCUUCCUCUCUUCUCGAAGUUCGCAGGACCAAGAACGACAUCGCCGUUCAGAUUCGCAAGACAAAGUUCAACCUAGAGCGCGCCUCCGAUGACUCCCGCGAUGCCUCUCGCGCCAAACUCCAAUCCUACCUCCACCGACUCGACACUGCGCAUUCCGUAGCGGAGCAAAGAAUCGCGCAGCUCAGCGUGCACAAGGGCGUUCCAAACGUCUCGUCCAAAGCUUCCGCCGGUGCAGACCCCAACGCCUCUCGAGUCAAGCUUCACGACGUGCUUUCUAAUCCUUCCAGCCUCUCCAUCUUCAUGGAGUUCAUGGAUCGUCGCAAGAGGUCCAUCUUGGUCCAGUUCUGGAUGCUCGUCGAGUCCUUCAAGAACCCACUCGAAGACUCGGACGCCGACCCGCUCGCAGAGAGGGAACAGCUCAACGCCGCUGCCAGGGCUGACCCGCCAUCUCAAGCCGCCGUGCAGACGUUGAAGGAAGAUCUCCGCAUGUUCGACUCGGUCUACUACUCUUCGCCCGCCAUCAAGGUUUCGCAACAGUACAUCGACAGUGCACGCCAGUUCUUGAACGCCAACGACGAUGCUCCCAUCACCGCCCUGCACGUCUGGCGCGUCAGGCGCGAUGUCCUACGCGCACAGAAGCAGGUCUACCAAGAGAUCGAGGACGAGGACUGGCCUAGCUUCCGCGAGGGUAACUUGUUCAUCAAGGCGGCUCAGGACCUCAAUCCCAACCCGCACCUCGCUGCUGGCCUCGCAUCCAGCGUCGGUUCCCUCUCUGCAGAACCGCAGCCUCGCCUUCACAGUCAUGCGGCCGCCUCAACAGAAGUAGCACAACGACCCGUCAUCCGCCCGUCAAAGCCAAGCUUUGAGCAUGCUGAUCUGUUCGGCACAGAUACCCCCAUCGGACCGGAAGCAAAACACUCGGACCUUUUCGGCGACUCGCUCGGCGGAAGCAGGUCCAAGGCGAGUGCCAAGUCCGACAACCUCGACAUCCUCAUUGGAGGAAGGACGCAGCACGUGGGUCCGGACGGAAGGACCCCGCUCUUUCGUGAGGACCCGCUCUUCGACGAAGCCGACGAAGCACACGACGACCAACUGGCCGAGGAUCAUCGCGGCGACAGCAGCUCUGACUUCAUCCAUGUCGAAAAGAUCGACGAACUUCAGACCGUGCUGCAGAGCAUCAUCGACGAUGACCUCAGCAAAAGCGGCAACCGCCAGCCAUUUGCAUCUCUCGGCCCGAGUGCUGCCAAAACGGCCAGGUUCGCCAUCGACGCCGAGCUUUCCAAUGGCUCCGACACCAACAGUCCUCAUCGAAAGGCGGGUGAUGCAGGUAAUGCAACAACGCUGGCCGCAGAGAACAAGGCCCGAAAUGAGGACGCAUCCCCGCACGGUGCGCUCACCAGCAUCGGUAACCUGCCACAAGAGGUGCGAAGGCUCGACAUGCAUCUCGAAAAGCUCGAAGCACAAGCAGAGAUCCUGGAUGCCCUCGCCCGAAAAGCAGAGCUGACUGGAGCUCGACCCAGCGAAAUGCGCCUGCUGGCACAGUCGGUCCAAGCGGUACGCCGCGAAGCGCGCGACACUCGCUGGCAACGCAACCAGCUCGAACAGCAACUGGCUGCGAGCCAGCUCAUUCCCGGCCACACCAAGAUCUCGAUCCAGGACACGAUGAUCUCGACCGACGACGAGGGCAAGGAAUUUGCCGUCUACCUGAUUGAGAUUGGCAUCACCGAGCCCGGGGCGGGUAGGUCGAAAGGUGCAACGAAGAGCGCUGAUGGUAGCCCCACGGCGCGCGGCUGGAUCGUUGGGAGGAGGUACUCGGAGUUCUGGUCUCUGCACCAGUCGCUCAAGGAGCGUUUCGCAGAAGUGCGCGCGCUCGAAUCCGACUUUCCCGGCAAGCGCCUGGUCGGCCUCGUUCACGCGCCAUUCGUAGACGCAAGGAAGGCGGCGCUCGAGAGGUACUUGCAGGCUCUCGUCAGGCUCAAGGUGGCAUGCGAAAGCGAGGAGCUCAGACACUUUCUCUCGCAGACGCCUUCGACUCCGAUCUCCAGUCUCGACACGCGCGUUGCUGAGGAUGGCGGUCACGUAACUCCGCCGCAACCCAAUUCGACGAGCGCAACGCCAGGCAGGAAACCUCCGGCAGGUGGCGGACUUGUCAAGACGCUCUUCAAGGGCAUGACGGGCGUUGCAGAGGGUCUCGAUGACCUCAUUGGGAUCGGUCCAUCGAUGCUGGAUGUUGUGGUGCAACGACUGUCGACGCAGGUGCAAAAUAAGUCGGGCAACUCGCUCGUGCAGGGUAUCGCGGACAUUGACAUGGUCUCGCAGGCGAUGGACAAGAAUGCUACGCCCGCCGAGCUGCGCGAGGCCGCCGGUGCAGGCACCACUUACUGGACCGAGCCCAUCUGCGAUCUCUUCACCGAGGUCUUCGAGCUGCACGAGAAGAACAACUGGCUGCGACGCCAGGCGAUUGUCAUCCUCCUUCAGCAGCUAUUUGGCUCGACCGUGGAACGCAAGAUUCGCGAGACGUUCAUCACGGCACUGGCGCCUCCAUCGCUAACGAACUACGUCGCGACGUUCAAGGCGAGCCUGUGGCCCAAGGGGGUGCUCAAGCAACCCACGCCCCCCAGGACUGCGGCCGAGAAGGACGCGCUGAGGGAAAACGCAAAUAGCAAACUCGCAAGCCUCAUUCCCGAACUCGCGGCCAACUUUGUCGGUCGUGAAAACGCACGAAAGGGUACCAGGCGCGUCUUUUCGGCGCUCCAGAACAAGAGGCUCAACAAGCAUCUCGUCUACAGCCUGUUCGAUAUCGUUGUCGACGAAUUGCUCGCUGCAGCAGACGCGCCAUCAGCAGCAGGUACGGCUCCCGCCACAUCGGCAGCCUAG